ACUCACUAAUCUCCUACACGUUCCCUUCCCAACCCAACUCAUUCUCUCUCUCUAAAAACCCCACUCCCAUUCUCCUACCCUUCCCAAACAAAUUAAUCACUCAACAAUGGCGGAAGAACCAGAAAAAUUGGUGUAUAUCCAUGGAGAUCUACACCUCAAAAUCCUCGAAGCUCGACAUUUGCCUAACAUGGACCUCACUUCUGAACGUCUUCGUCUCUGCUUCACUGGCUGCAACACUUGCUCAACCACUACCAAAUCUCCCUCCGAUCAUCCUUCCUCCGAUGAACACCACCUUCAUCGUCCUCGAAUCAUUACUAGUGAUCCAUACGUCGCCGUUUUAGUCCCACAAGCUACAAUAGCUCGCACUCGAGUCAUCCCAAAUUCUCAAAACCCUAAAUGGAAUGAACAUUUUUGUAUUCCAUUAGCACAUCCAGUAAUAAAUAUUGAAUUUCAAGUUAAGGACGACGACGUUUUCGGCGCUCAAACUAUCGGCGUUUUUACUCUUCCUGCUUCUAGAAUUAUUUCUGGUGAACUGAUUACUGGGUGGUUUUCAAUUCUUUCUCCUUCCUCUGGUAAACCUCCCAAACCCGAUUCCGCUCUUCGAAUUGAACUCAAGUUUAUUCCAUGUGAGAAAAACCCAGAUUUUAGAAUUACUGAAAAUGGGGUAAAAUCCACUUAUUUUCCACUCAGAAAAGGGAAUUUUGUUUCACUUUAUCAAGAUGCUCAUGGAAGAGAUGAUUUAUUACCAGAAAUCAAGUUGGAAAAUGGAGAAAUUUAUAAGCAUGGAAAAUGUUGGGAAGAUAUAUGUUAUGCAAUUUCUGAAGCUCACCAUUUGAUUUAUAUUGUUGGGUGGUCAGUUUUUCAUAAAGUGAAGCUUGUUAGAGAACCAACUAAAUCAUUACCUAGAGGUGGUGAUCUUACUCUUGGAGAAUUGUUGAAGUAUAAGUCUGAAGAAGGUGUUAGAGUUUUGUUGCUUGUUUGGGAUGAUAAAACUUCUCAUAACAAGUUCUUUAUCAAAACGGAAGGGGUUAUGCAAACACACGAUGAGGAAACACGGAAGUUUUUUAAGCAUUCUUCAGUUAACUGCGUCUUAUCACCUCGUUACGGGAGCAGUAAACUUAGUUUCCUCAAGCAACAGGUUGUUGGGACUCUGUUUACUCAUCAUCAGAAAUGUGUACUUGUGGACACUCAGGCUUAUGGUAACAACAGAAAGAUCACAGCCUUCCUAGGAGGUAUUGAUUUGUGUGAUGGACGCUACGACACUCCUGAGCAUAGACUCUUUCAUGACCUCGAUACAAUAUUCAAAGAUGAUUUUCACAAUCCCACAUUUCCUGCUGGGACCAAGGCACCAAGACAGCCAUGGCAUGAUCUGCAUUGCAGAAUUGACGGUCCUGCUGCAUAUGAUGUCCUCAUAAAUUUUGAGCAAAGAUGGAAAAAAGCAACAAAAUGGAAAGAAUUUGGACUGCGAAAAAAAAUGUCUCGUUGGCAUGAUGAUUCUUUGAUAAGGAUUGAUCGGAUAUCUUGGAUACUUAGUCCUCAGCAUGCAGCUGCAGAUGAUGAUGUCACUGUAGUUCCAGAAGAGGAUCCUACAUUAUGGGUUACAAAAGAAGAGCAUUCUGAAAAUUGGCAUGUUCAAGUAUUCCGUUCCAUUGACUCGGGAUCACUGAGAGGAUUCCCUAAAUAUGUCCAACUUGCUAAGGCUCAGAAUCUUGAGUGUGCAAAGAAUCAGGUUAUAGAUAAAAGCAUACAAACAGCAUACAUACAGGCAAUUAGAUCUGCAGAGCACUUUAUCUAUAUUGAAAAUCAGUAUUUUGUUGGAUCAUCCUAUGCAUGGCCUUCAUAUAAAAACGCAGGAGCUGAUAAUCUGAUCCCUAUGGAGUUGGCAUUAAAAAUUGCCAGUAAAAUAAGAGCCAAUGAAAGAUUUGCGGUGUAUAUUGUCUUACCAUUGUGGCCUGAAGGUGAUCCAAAGUCUGCUGCUGUGCAAGAAAUUCUCUAUUGGCAGGGACAAACAAUGCAAAUGAUGUAUGAUGUUGUUGCUCGUGAGCUGAAGACAAUGCAACGUAUGGAUUUGAAUCCUCAAGAUUUUUUAAAUUUCUAUUGCCUUGGGAAUAGGGAAGAAGUUCCAGAGGAAUCACUGAGCGAAGUGAAUCAAUCUAGUGAUAAGGUUUCAGAUUCAUACAAGAAUCGUAGAUUCAUGAUUUACGUACAUGCCAAGGGAAUGAUUGUCGAUGACGAGUACGUUAUAGUGGGAUCUGCUAACAUCAACCAAAGAUCUUUAGCUGGUACUAAAGACACAGAGAUUGCAAUGGGUGCUUACCAACCCCAUCAUACUUGGUCUAGCAAAAAGAGACAUCCUAGGGGCCAGAUUUAUGGUUAUAGAACAUCACUGUGGGCCGAACAUCUUGGAACAAUCCUUGAGUGCUUCAACGAACCUGAAAGUUUAGAAUGCGUGAGAAAGGUGAAUGAGAUUGCUAACGAUAAUUGGAGCAAAUUUACAGAUGAAAGCUUCAAAACAUUGCAGGGGCACCUUCUUAAGUAUCCAUUGCAGGUGGAUUCUGAUGGUAAAGUGGAUUCCAUACCCAACCAAGACUGCUUCCCUGAUGUCGGGGGUAAAAUUCUCGGUGCUCCUUCUGCCGCACUCCCUGACGUCCUUACAACAUAGUUUCGCUGGAUAUAGAUCUUGGACAGACAAUUUAUUUAAACCCCAUUUGCACAGCGUCAUUUACUGGUAUUUUUUUCAAGAUUGUUCCUUGUUUCUUGUGAUUCUUGCUAUUCAAAGACCGAGGGCAUGUAUGCUUAUAUAGUGAUAGACGACUUGUACAUUAAGUGUGUAAUACAUUUGUGUAUACUCGUAAAAUGCAGCGUAUAGUACAUUUGUAUAAACUCAGGAAAUUGUAAUUGCUGAAAUCUGCCUGUUUGGGAAUAGAUUGUUUGUAAAGUUGCCUUAUAAGUUAUAUAUUGAAGAAUUGUGGCUGCCUGUAUGUAAAGUUUGCCUUAUAAGUUAUAUAUUGAAGUCAUUAACAUAUUGUACAAAUAUUUGAUACUAAUUAUUCAUCUAUAUCGUUGUCC